GACCCCUAAACCUCUUAACAAUCACUCUUAAGAAGAUCAAGUACAGAGACAACAUGCUACCGAUAAUGUUAUCCCUUUGCAAGACCUCCCACAUCCGGAUGGCGACCACUUCCAUAUCCUUGUUAGCUCUUCUCACGGCACUCGUCUCAUCAUCGGCCCCUACAAACACUAUUCCGUCUAGAAACCAAGACCUUUUUUUGGCCACUGAAGAGAUGCAGAAUGCCAACUACUUCACCUUUGUCAUGCUAAUCAACAUGGCCCCUGCAAACCUAAUCCAAGGGAACGUCACCUUCUUGAUGCCCAACGACUGGGCACUAGCCAAAACCCUAAUGCCGGAGAAUGCUGUUUCCGAUUUCUUGCUCCUCCAUUCCAUCCCAUCGCCUCUUCUUUUCGACCAGCUUCGUCAUUUCCCGACGAGUUCCCUUAUUCCAACAGGAAAGCCCGAGUUGAUGCUCAAGGUUUCCAACAAUGGUUGGGGGAAUUUCUAUCUAAACAACGUCCGGAUCGUUAGGCCCAAUGUAUGCACUGCUGGAUCUUCCAUAAGAUGUCAUGGCAUAGAUGGGGUAGUAGAAGCCACAAUGACACCAGAAAACCACAACACUAGCACACUUCCUUUGCCAACGUGCUCUAGUAGUUCGAGUCCUGCCCCGUUGUUGCCAUCACCUCUUCCUGCACCACCACUGGGUGGAGUUAAUUUGAAACCUUUGGAGGCCCUGCCGCCAUCUGAUCUUGAUGACGGCGGCAGUAGUACACAAAAAUCAGGAUCUUGCAAGCGGCUGCUUCUUGGAGGAUUUUCAACUUUGGAUUUGACAAUGACGGGAUGUCUGGUUUUGUUAGCGAUAGGGUUAUCUAUAUGAAUGAAGGAACUUUUGGGUUUGGAAAACUUGUAUUUGUGCUCUAAUUGAAUUAAGCGUGGGUAGUAAACUGUACGUUGGUCAAGAAUUAACAUGAUGAUGAGUUCUCAAUAUA